UCAUCACAAAAACUAUUGUUCAAUUUCCCACAAACGUCAUAAACCCUAAACCCUACACGAAAACAAAAGAAAAGAAAGAAGCAUGUCGAAUCCCAGCGUUAGCUUGAAGCUGUUGAUCGACGCCAAACGCGGCGUUGUGUUAUUCGCCGAAACCGCGGAAAACCUCGCCGCCGUCAUGUACGGCAUGCUCUCUAAGCCGGAGACCGUCAUCUCUCUCCUCCGGCAACAAGACACGGCGGCGGGCUCUUUAACAAAGCUCUGCAAAAGCAUCGAAAACGUCGACAAGAAAUCGACCAAUGGGGUUUACUGCUGCGGGUAUUGUGGUUUUCCCGAGUAUUCCGAUGAUCCCUCGGCGGUUUGCUCGUACUGCUUAGUUUACAUGGACGCGACAAUGGCGUAUGUUGCGCCGCCGGUGCCGGCGGGUGGAAGCGGCGGCAAAGCUCCGCGUUACAUAAUUACGGACGAUUUGGAGAUAACGCCGAUGUCGGCCGUCUCCAUCGUCACUCUCUUCAAGAGGCUCGGCAUCGACGACGUCGAUGCCUUGGAGGAGAAGGUGGUGGAUUUCGGCGUCGACGAGGCCAUUAAGGUGGUGAAUGUUUCUCGGCAGUCCAAGAAGGUUCUCACGGAGGUCUUCCUCAAGCUCAAGCCCAAGCCCGAGCCCGAGCCCGAGCCCGAGACCGUCAAAAGAGAUAUUGAAGGGACAGAAGGACUCGCAACGGAUCUACGAAGAAUUCUCAAUAUAUUCAACAACUAAGAUGGGUCAAUCGGCAUUGCUUUCCAUGUUGAUUCUAAUUAGCAAUUUUCGACAAUGAAUUAUUAUUAUUAUUAUUUUUUUUCAGAUGCUUUAUAAGUUAU